UCGGCGUGGGCGGGGCGGAUGCGUCGAGCGCGUGGGAUUAAAAAAAAAAAGGGCGGGUAGAGUAGCCACUCCCUCCCGUGACGUCACAGUUUCCCUGAGGAAACGGGAAGGAAUGGGGGAUUCGAAAGAUUGUACAAGCCAGCUGCCUUUUUUCUCGUUGAUAGGCGAUGAUCUCUCUGCUAAUCCUGGCUUAGCUAACUUCCUUAUGCAUCUGAUAAAUCAUAUGGAUUCUUCAGGGAUGAGCAUCGCUUUGGCCCAACCAUUGGAAGAGGCCAGGAAAAUGAUGCAGGCGCACCGUGCCAACUGGUUAAAGCCGGCAACCUUCUUUUGGAUUUUGCAGAAGAUUGUGCUGAAGCCGGGAGCCGACCCCAUCCUCCUGAAACAAAAUCUCUCAGAAAGCCUGGAACAGCAGCUGCUAGUAACCGAGCUUAAACGGAUGCUCACUCUCUGUUUAUCCAAGCAAAAUGUCUGUGUGUCUAUCUUAAACCUGGAAACCCAGCAUUUAACCGAGUUUCUGCCUCCUCACCAGGUAGUCCUCGAGUUAUGGCCAGAAUUGAACCGCGGAUGUUCUGUUGCGAAGCGAGACUGGGGUGAAGUGAAUUUUGUGCCCCGUUUCGCCUUGCUGCCGUUCUUAAAAAACAUUGGAGCUGCACCUCAGAUGAUUAUGUUUGGCAGCUUGGCGGAGCGUUUAGCCUUUGACAAGCAGCAACUGAAGGAGGCCAGAACUCAGGAGAAACAGCUGAGCGGAUGUCUGGGCCAACAGAAAGCAAUUUAUUCCCAGGUCUUGGGGCGUUGUUUGGGCCUCUUGAGACGAAUGGCCCAGGAGUUUUGCCUUGGGGCCCAGUCCGACCUGGACCAGGUCCUCAUCCAGUAUAUGGAGAUGAAAACCAAUGCUUUGUUGCUGAAGAUACAGGUCGAGGAAAUGAAGAUCCUGUUGGAAACUUACACACCUGAGAUAGUGAACGUGCAUCAGAUGAUCAGGGACGAACUGCAGGAGAGCUUGAGCAAGGAAGAAAUAAAUGUAGCCACUUUCCGCAGUGUCCUUUCGAAAUACGAGGUCCUAGGGCCGGAAUUUGAGAAGUUAGUAGAAGAAUACACCAAGUUGCAUGAAAUUAUUCAGAACCACCGGUGGAUGCUAGCCGAAAUGAACAAACACUGAAGGAGGCUGCGGCUCGCACGGCUUGUUUGUAGACAGUUGAAAUGGUGCACAAUAAAUGUC